GAUCCGCUGCUGCUGCCGCGGCGGGCAGACCUGCAGGAGGCGGCGGCGGCCUCGGCCGAGAGAAGAUGGCGGACGGUGUGGACCACAUAGACAUUUACGCGGAUGUGGGCGAAGAGUUCAACCAGGAAGCUGAAUAUGGUGGGCAUGAUCAGAUAGAUUUGUAUGAUGAUGUCAUCUCUCCAUCUGCAAAUAAUGGAGAUGCCCCAGAAGACCGUGAUUACAUGGAUACUCUCCCACCAACUGUUGGUGAUGAUGUGGGUAAAGGAGCAGCACCAAAUGUUGUCUAUACGUAUACUGGAAAGAGAAUUGCAUUGUAUAUUGGAAAUCUAACAUGGUGGACAACAGAUGAAGACUUAACUGAAGCAGUUCAUUCUUUGGGAGUAAAUGAUAUUUUGGAGAUAAAAUUUUUUGAAAAUCGGGCAAAUGGCCAGUCAAAGGGGUUUGCCCUUGUUGGUGUUGGAUCUGAAGCAUCCUCAAAAAAGUUAAUGGAUCUGUUGCCUAAAAGAGAACUUCAUGGUCAGAAUCCUGUUGUAACUCCAUGCAAUAAACAGUUCCUGAGUCAAUUUGAAAUGCAGUCCAGGAAAACUACACAAUCAGGACAAAUGUCUGGGGAAGGUAAAGCUGGUCCUCCAGGAGGCAGUUCACGUGCAGCAUUUCCACAAGGUGGUAGAGGACGGGGCCGUUUUCCAGGGGCUGUUCCCGGUGGGGACAGAUUUCCUGGACCAGCAGGACCAGGAGGGCCACCCCCACCUUUUCCAGGAAAUUUGAUCAAGCAUCUUGUUAAAGGAACUCGGCCUUUGUUCCUGGAAACUAGGAUUCCAUGGCAUAUGGGGCACAGCAUAGAGGAAAUACCCAUUUUUGGCCUAAAAGCUGGACAGACUCCACCACGUCCACCCUUAGGUCCUCCAGGCCCACCUGGUCCACCGGGUCCUCCACCUCCUGGUCAGGUUCUGCCUCCUCCUUUAGCUGGGCCUCCUAAUCGAGGAGAUCGCCCUCCACCACCAGUUCUUUUUCCUGGACAACCUUUUGGGCAGCCUCCAUUGGGUCCACUUCCUCCUGGCCCUCCACCUCCAGUUCCAGGCUACGGCCCCCCUCCUGGUCCGCCACCUCCACAACAGGGACCACCUCCACCUCCAGGCCCCUUUCCACCUCGCCCACCUGGCCCUCUUGGGCCACCCCUUACACUUGCUCCUCCUCCGCAUCUUCCUGGACCACCUCCAGGUGCCCCACCACCAGCUCCACAUGUGAACCCGGCUUUCUUUCCUCCACCGACUAACAGCGGCAUGCCUACUUCAGAUAGCCGGGGUCCACCACCAACAGAUCCAUAUGGCCGACCCCCACCAUAUGAUAGGGGUGACUAUGGGCCUCCUGGAAGGGAAAUGGAUACUGCAAGAACGCCAUUGAGUGAAGCUGAGUUUGAAGAAAUCAUGAAUAGAAAUAGGGCAAUCUCAAGCAGUGCUAUUUCAAGAGCUGUGUCUGAUGCCAGUGCUGGUGAUUAUGGGAGUGCUAUUGAGACAUUGGUAACUGCAAUUUCUUUAAUUAAACAAUCCAAAGUAUCUGCUGAUGAUCGUUGCAAAGUUCUUAUUAGCUCUUUGCAAGAUUGCCUUCAUGGAAUUGAAUCCAAGUCUUAUGGUUCUGGAUCAAGAAGACGUGAACGAUCAAGAGAGAGGGACCAUAGUAGAUCACGAGAAAAGAGUCGGCGUCAUAAAUCCCGUAGUAGAGAUCGUCAUGAUGAUUAUUAUAGAGAGAGAAGCAGAGAACGAGAGAGACACCGGGACCGGGACCGAGAUCGGGACCGAGAACGGGACCGAGAGCGCGAGUAUCGUCAUCGUUAGAAGAAGCUGAAGGAAGAGGAACACCUUCCAAGACAAAACAGUCUUCAUGGGGGAAAAAUGACGCUUGUCCAGCAGUUUGCUUCUUGUGAUUGAACUGAACCUGUAAGGAUUCAUGGAUAAAAUGAACAGGAAUAGAUCUGAAUAAAGCAAAUCUGCAUAAAUGGUAACCAGUAGCUCUACUUUUAUUUUUUAUGUUGCUUAACUGUUUUAUUUGAAGGAAACCUGUGUGAUUUAAAAAGUUAUAGCUUUUGCAACUUUAUUACUGGUUAUAUACAUUUGGCCAUUAUAAUGUGCAAGCAAUUGGAAAAAAACGUCAAGUAAAUGCUUGUUUUUAUAGUAGUUUGUUCUUGUUAAAAAUGUUCAUAUGAUAAUGUCUGUAAACAGCACCACUUUGAUUACAAUAGAUGUAGUGUUGUAAUAAACUGUUUAAUGGGGCUGAUGUGUAAAGCUGUUCAAGUUAUUUGAUGUUUACACCUCAGGGAAAGUCUUGUGUUCAGCAAUAUCUAAAGAUAAUGUUACUAUGACAUUUAUACUGUCCUUUAAAAAAGCAUUGCAAUAGCGUUUUUGGAUAUGCACCAAUCUAAUCUUGCGUUCAGUGAAUUAAACAUACUAAUUAAGUGUCUCUUGCCCUUGAUUUUGAUAUUAGAAUAGGUGAUUACAUGGAUAUUUAAUAUUUCUAUAUUCUGCUUUUCUAGCUGUUUUUACCUAGUUAGCUUGUGAUUUUGCUGAAUGGUAUGUAAACUUGUAAAAUUUCACAGACAUAGCAAUCCAGUCAAUGUGUUAGGGGUCAAAAAAAAUUUUGUGGUUUUAACAUUUUAGUAAAAACCCAGACGUUAUUUGCUACAGUAAUGCAGCUUAAUUACAACACAGAUGUACUGAAACGCUUAAUUGUAAACUGCUAGCAUUGAAGAAAUAUUUUGACAAUUCUGAUUUGAUGCGGCAGUUAUUUGCUGUUUUAUAUUAAUAGUGCUUAUGGUUUAUUUUUGAAGCCAUAGGCAGUGUAAAUACAGCCGUGCAGCAGACAAAUGUGAGUAAGGAGAGCAUUAGUUUUUAUUUUCUGGUUACUGUAGAUUUUGGAAGGGCGUGAUGCUUACUAAUACUGAGUUGUAUUCUCCUGUAUGUGUAAUGGGUGAUUAUAGGUGUACCCUGUCACCACAGUUUAAGGAAUCUUGUGUGUAUUCAUGCAACCUUUUAAUUCAUGCUAGAGUUACUUAAUCAAAGAUUUUUUCAAGUCUGCCUUGCAUAUAGGCCCACAUUAAAAGCACUUGGCUAGCAUGUGUUCUUAAUUUCAAAAUUAGCAUAGGCAGAGUGUCAACUUGAUUAGAUACUUUUAUAGGAAGAUCAUUCGGAAUCACUAUUUCAGAAAUAUGAGUUGAAUUCCUAAACAAAUUAAUUUGUUUUUAAGAUCUGAUUGUUUUUGAGCAAUCUGGUAAUACACAUUGGUUUUUUAAAAAUAUACCCAAAUUUUAGGGCAAUGCUUAAAAGUAUUUAAGUACCCUGGAUAUUAUGUCAUGUGCAACUUGUAGAAGCCCUCCAGAGAUUUGCACUGCAGUUCUUUCAUUUUGUCCGCUAUCACACUAGUUCUUACAAAAUUAGCUGUUUCAAGUUAUUCAUGUUAUUGCUAGUUUUAUUUUAAAACAUUUUGUGAUUUAGAGUAUUUGUGCAUGGGAUCAUUGGUGUUUUUAAGAACUGUUUGCUCUCAGAAAUUUUUCAAGUGUUCUCUUGUUGAAAAUGCAGUUGCCUUUUUAACAUUCUUUGAGAGUUGUAUCAAAAUCAGUUUUCUUGUUUUGUGUAUAGGUGUUUUGUCAUUCCUUAGCUUUUUUAUAUUUUAAUUACAAUGCCCUAAUGUGAAGAAGUAUGGACAUAAAUAUAUUUCAAGGGAAAUUAGUUAAUAGUAAGCUUAAAAGGUAAGUAAAUGUCCAUGAGAAUAAGAUACUCUCUGACCGUUUUAAAAUGGAAUUCUAAAAAUCUAACCACUUGAACUUGAGAUGAAACUGGAAAUUUUGUACUAAUUAAAUCAUUUAUCUUUUCCUUUUUUAUCAGUGGAACCCUUUAAUUGCUCAUUCUAUAUCACUCUUCUCCCUACAUGGCUGAUUUCAUUACGUAACUUUUGUUGCAGACAAUGUGAGUGUACUAGAAUUGUUUGCUGCUAGUCCGUUAUUUUUAAGUGUUGUCAGAAGGAAAUAACUUUUUGGUUUGACAUUAAUUCUUACAGUCUUCUACCUGAUAACACACGAAUGUAUAGCAGUAAAGGUGAAAAUUGCAAGCCUUGUUUUAUUCUUCAUAUCCCUCUGUUGUUUAUGAGCUAAUGUUAUUUGAAAAACUUUUUUUAACAUGUAAAAACAAUCCAAAGAGAUAAAUCAUUACAUAGACACCAAAAAAAAAAAAAAAAAAACCCACAGA